AUGUCAUCCGGUGGUGCCCUGCACAUCCCCACCAAGAAGCGCUCUGCGGGAGCACCAUUCGUGACCAGGGUCCCCUGCAACCCAGAGACCAGUGUUGGUCUCCAGGCAGCCCUCGUGGAGCCCGCGUCGGCGCACCUCCAUGUGGCCAAGCCCGUUCGCCGCAGUGCCCUUGGCAUCACCCUGGCGCUCUGCGACCGCCGCAUGGAUGGCCACAUCAUCUACAUGUACAUGAUCAUGGGGAUCUGCACGGAAGAGUGCAGGAAUGAGUAUUAUUUUCUAGACUACAGGUAUAGGCUGACCAUGGCGAUGGAGGCCGAGGGCAGGAGGUCCAGGAGCGAGGCAAGGAAAGCGCUGGUGGCGGAGAGAGAAGCAGCUAACGGCUACAGCAUCUUCUUCACUUGUGCUGAGGUCGAGUCGUUCCCUUAG